AGUCUGCCUAGCAACAAUUCCCCCUGUACCGGAUUGACGAACGGCCAACCGACGCGCAAACGGAACGGAACACGGACAAAUAGCGAGCGCCGUGCGUGCCGCGGCCAAACGAAAGCGGGAAGUUUUUCUACCCGUGAAGUGGACAGGCCCGAAAUGCCGAGAGGAAAAGGGAAGGUCUUAUUUUUUUUUUUUGGCGAUUUCAUGAUUGCGUGUUUUGCUCCCUUCGACUAAAUGUGUUCAAAAACCUCUUGUGUUUUUUAUUUAGUCUGUUUUCCUUUUCCUGCCCGGCUCGCUUUCACUUGAUCACUCUCGUCAGCGCAGUUUUUUUUUUUUCUUCCCCCUUCUACUGCGGCAAUCAAGAUGGCUUCCCGUUUGCUUUGAUGGAGGCCGCGCCAAACAUUUAAGAAGGAUUUGAAGACUAUACAUCAUCAGAUAGCCUCCUGUUUUUGUUUUGUUGUACAAGCGGCCUCGAAAGUCUCACGAUAUAUUUCUCCAUCAAAGAGAGAUUGAUUUUCAUCUGAGAAAAAUGCAAAAGUUGGAUUCUAUGAUUUGUAUUGACGCUAUGCCCCCCCCCCCCACGCUACUUUUAAUAAGCUCCGUGUUGCUGAGAAAAUUGAAACGAACAAGCGCUUUCCCACGUCCGCGCAGGUGUCGCCGUCGCCACCGCUCAUCUGCUCUAGCCCGCACCCGCGUACCCUUGGCUAUCCGGCGCUGACCGAGGGCGCUGCGCUCUCCUUGCUGCCCGCUUCACAAAAGACCCCUCUGUUACACCCCCUUACGUUUCCUCCACUGGCGCCCCCGCCCCCUCCCUCAACACCCCUGUGGCACAUUCCCCCCUCGCUCCACUGGCGCAUUCCUGCCGGGCCUCGGCCGGCCGGUGAGUCCUUCUGUCGCCCGGACGCUGGAACGCUUUACGAGGUUCUCGCUUGUCCAAAGUCCACCGUCUUUGUUUUGGUCCUGCACGUUCUGAGGGGUGAUCCCAGACUCCAGACAUUUUCCCCAAAAAAGCCUGAGACGUCAUGGUUCAGUGUAGAUUUGAGUUACAUUAUGAACCUGCUUCCUUUAGAGGUACUAAAGUGGUCCUCGCGAUCCGGUAUUUAGCAAGAAAUGAGCCCCCGAUGCCAGUUGCACGCAAUUGAGACCUAAUUCAAUAAACGUGUUAGCCUAACCCCAAGUGUCAAAAACUCUCGCCUGAAACUGAACAGGUAUCGGCCAUUUUAGUUUUACACAGUCACGGGGUGAAAUUUUCCUGGAAAUUAGUACCAAAAAAUACCCUGUACACCAGUUUCACCGGUGGACUCGUCCAUCAGAAGAGAACAUGAAAAACUCUCAAGGACCAAGGACUCUCAAGGACUAACGCUAAGGCCUGACCUGUGAUUCAAGGUCUAAACUUCAUAAACGUGAUCCAGACAUGGUGACCAGUAGCCCACCGUUCUGACCUGAUGGUGGAACUUAAAAGGCCAUAAAUACAGUGAUGGGAAAAACUAUAUGAACCCUUUGGAAUUUCUUAAAUUUCUUUAUAAAUUGAUCACAAGAUCUCCUCUGAUCGAAAAAUAUUGUGGAUAGGUGAAACCAAACUUGAAUUGUGUGGCAGGAACACAGGAAAAUGGCACCGCGCACCAACAUCAAAACCUUAACCCCAACUGUGAAACCCGGCUGAGGGUGCAACGUGCCUUGCCCGUGUGCUUUGCCACCUCGGGGCCUGGACAGCGACUGUCAUCAAUGGAAAAAUGUAUUCACACAUCAUCGUGAAAUUUUGCAGAAGAACCCGAGGCCAACUGUCCAAAAUUUAAGGCUCAAAAGAGGACGGGUGAUGAAACAGAAGAACGAUCCAACCCACAUCUAAAACUGAAUGGAUUCAGAAAAAAAUAUGUGUUCGAUAAAUUCCAAAGGGUGUGCAUACUUUUGUUCUCCCACUGUAUUUCUUUUGCUCAGUCCUCCCGGUCAUAAACAGCCUCAUUUGAGCAACUGGUGCGAAGUGGACCUUGGCGCACCCGGAAACCGCCACGCCGACGCCGAAAUGACCCUCGCCCUUCGACGUCCAGCCGACUGCUCCGGGGUGGUUCCAGAAUUGUUCCAGCGCUUCGCACGGCUCCCGCUUCGGAGUGAAAUGUACUUGCGAAGUCACAACCAGGGUGGGGGCGACGACAGUCAGUAGUCAUAACGGCCCUCCGAGGGAAACCGGAACAACAAUGUGGCCAGUGAGAAAAUCUUGUCACCCCCAUAGGAGGUUCAGUCGGCUGGGCUUUCUGGGAGAGGACACCCUCGCAUCCAGCAGCCGCCGCCGCCGCACAUCGCUGCAUCGCUAUGGAUAUUGCAGUUUGCCCUUUCCGGAAGAAACGGAGGCCAUGGAGCCCGGGACCGACCUCCGUCGCCCUGGUCGCCCUGGUCCUCGCGCUGUGCCAGAGCGCCCCGGCGCAGGCCGAACCAGUGGACGUCCUGAAAGCCCUGCAGCUUCCCACGCUUCCCGAGGGCGUGAAGAAAGUCCCGGGCUUCUGCACAUCCCGCCGCUCCAGCAGCCCUGACCACGCCUACCGCAUCAGCAAGAAGGCCCAGAUCUCAGCCCCGACCAAGCAGCUCUUCUCAGGUCGCUUCCCGGAGAACUUCUCCAUCAUGGCGCUGGUGAAGGCCCACGCCGGCCUCCAGGCCUUCCUCCUCUCCAUCUACAGCGAGCAGGGCGUCCAGCAGCUGGGCAUCGAGCUGGGCCGCUCGCCCGUCUUCCUGUACGAGGACCAGCACGGCAAGCCGGCCCCCGAGGACUACCCGCUCUUCAAAGGCGUCAAUCUGGCGGAUGGCAAGUGGCACCGCAUCGCAAUCUCGGUGUCCAAGAAGAAUGUGACGCUGAUGCUGGACUGCAAGAAGAAGAUGAGCCGCCCUCUGCCCCGCGGCAACAACGCCGAGGUGGACACCAACGGCAUCACCGUGUUCGGAGCACGCCUCCUCGACGAGGAAAUGUUCCAGGGAGACAUUCAGCAGCUCCUGAUCGCCUCCAACGCUCAAGCCGCCUACGACUUCUGCGAGCACUACAGCCCCGACUGCGACUCUCCCCUACCCAAGACGCAGGCGCAGGACCCCAAUACAUACAAGACAAACGGGAAGGCAACCCCCACCAAAGCCGCCUCGGUCAAAGCCAAGCCCACGCCGGCUAAAGCAGCCAAGGGCGGGAGCUUUAAAAUAGUCAAGCCUCCCAUUCCCAACAAACCUCUGAAGUCUUCCACGGCCAAGCCGCCCAAAUCCAAGACCACCACCAAGCCCACCGCCACCACCGUCUUCUUGUCCAAGAUCAAGACCACAUCGGCUGCUAAGGUGAAGACCACAGCCAUCCCUGCUAAGAGCGCUAAAGUGGUUGUUGAGAAGAAGGUUAAUGGAAAAACCGUUGUGGUGAAAACCGCUAAAGCUUCAGCCGAGGUCAAAGGAAACGGAAAGUCCUCCGCUGAGAAGAAAGCUGGAAAUGAUAAAGCCGCGUCAAAGUCCAACGGGAAAACGAGCGUUGAGGUCAAAGAAGUCAAGGUCAAGGAUAAUGGAAAAACUGAGAACAAAGUUAGCAAUGAGGCUCAAGCUACUAGCAACAACAAAGUUACUGUGGUAGAAAAGAAAGGCACAAAAAGCGAAACCACUACGAAAACAAAGACUGUUGUCAAAAUAGAGAAGACUACUGUGAGCGCGGCAACAUCUGCUUCCAAAGUACAAGCUACCAAAGCACCCAAAGCCACAAAAGCGGCAAAGGCAGAGCCCACAAAAGCAUCUACAUUUUCUCAGGCCAAGUCGGAAGUCAAAGUCAAAACGGUGGUCUCCAAAGUCCCCCUUGUCAAGCCUACAGUCAGUAAAGCCACGAAUACAGUGGUGGAGAAGUUGAAAAACGGGAAGAAGGUCCUCACCACCGCCGCUCCUGUCCGGCCCACUCCCCCGAGACCCACCAAGGCCAAGGCGGUGCUGGACGCCAACGUCAAGUCCCUCCACAAACCAUUCCCGCCCUUCGACAAGACCGCGCUGAGUGGCACGGGAAAGAAAUUUGACAACGGUUACCAACAGGAUGUAGACACUGAAUAUUCCGAGGCCGGGAACACCCCCACAGAGACCGAUUAUUUCUAUGAGGAGACGCUGCCAGAGUCCGAGGGUGAGGUGGUCACACAAGAAGAGAACCCCACGCAGGAGCCCCAGGUGGAGACUGCUCUGGAGGGGCAGGAGGUGGACUCGACCGCGACGGACGGCGUCGGAGAGGAGCCCUUCACCGAGGAGUACGUGACUGGCGAUGUGGGCAUGAAGGAAUACGACUAUUCCUAUCGGGACUACGGCGAGCCCGUGCCCGAGGCCCGAGAGGUGGAAGGCUACAUGGGCCCCGCCCUGUCCGCUGUGACAGACGAGGCAGGCGCGGUCAUCAGAGGACAGAAGGGCGAGAAAGGAGAGCCCGCCGUGCUCGAGCCUGGCAUGCUGAUUGAGGGACCUCCUGGACCUGAAGGACCUUCUGGACCUACUGGCCCCCCUGGUAGAUCUGGUCCUCCUGGCUCUGUUGGUGAGCCCGGUGAAAGGGGACCUCCCGGCAAGGCCGGUCUGCCCGGUGCCGACGGAGUUCCCGGACCACCCGGAUCUUCCGUGAUGCUGCCUUUCCGCUUCGGCCAGAGUGGAGGAGAUAAGGGUCCUGUUGUAUCAGCACAGGAAGCCCAAGCAGCCGCCAUCUUGUCUCAGGCCAGGAUGGCUCUGAAAGGACCUCCAGGACCAAUGGGAUUCACCGGACGUCCCGGACCCUUGGGAAAUCCAGGAAGUCAUGGUCUGAAAGGAGAAAGUGGAGAUCCUGGUCCUCAGGGACCCAGGGGAGCUCCAGGAUUGAUUGGCCCACCAGGCAAAGCAGGAAGGAGAGGACGUGCCGGAGCUGACGGAGCCCGGGGAAUGCCUGGAGAGCCCGGUACUAAGGGUGAUCGCGGCUUUGAUGGUCUUCCUGGUUUGCCAGGCGACAAAGGACAUAGGGGGGACUCUGGAUCAAUGGGACCCCCCGGACCUCAAGGAGAGGAUGGCGAGAGGGGUGAUGACGGAGAGGUCGGACCCAGAGGUCUCCCUGGUGAACCAGGACCUCGUGGAUUGCUCGGCCCCAAAGGUCCUCCAGGAAUUCCCGGACCUCCUGGCGUUCGCGGCAACGAUGGUCCAGUUGGUCCCAAGGGCAACCUGGGGCCUCAAGGAGAGCCCGGACCUCCAGGUCAGCAGGGAACAUCAGGAACUCAGGGAAUGCCAGGACCUCAGGGAGCCAUGGGACCACCAGGAGAAAAGGGGCCCACAGGAAAACCAGGUCUGCCAGGAAUGCCAGGAGCCGACGGCCCUCCUGGUCACCCAGGAAAAGAGGGGCCCACUGGAACCAAAGGGAACCAGGGCCCCAAUGGUCCCCAAGGAGCUAUCGGUUAUCCUGGGCCUCGUGGAAUCAAGGGGGAGCAAGGAAUCCGAGGACUGAAGGGCCACAAGGGAGAGAAGGGAGAAGAUGGUUUCCCUGGAAUUAAAGGAGACUUUGGCGUCAAAGGAGAGAGGGGUGAGAUCGGCGUGUCGGGCCCCAGAGGAGAGGAUGGCCCAGAAGGGCCAAAGGGUCGAGUCGGACCCCCUGGUGAACUCGGUCCCCUUGGUCCCAUUGGAGAGAAGGGCAAACUUGGUGUUCCUGGACUUCCUGGCUAUCCCGGAAGACCAGGACCCAAGGGAUCUCUAGGAUUCCCAGGAUUCCCUGGCACAAAUGGCGAGAAGGGAACAAGGGGUCUCUCAGGCAAAGCAGGACCAAGAGGACAAAGAGGACCAACGGGUCCCAGAGGGCAGCGAGGACCACGAGGUGCUACCGGAAAGCCAGGCGCAAAGGGAACUUCAGGAAGUGAUGGCCCGCCUGGUCCUCUUGGCGAGAGGGGACUGCCCGGGCCUCAGGGAGCGAACGGUUUCCCCGGACCAAAGGGACCUCCCGGACCACCUGGAAAGGAUGGGCUCCCCGGACACCCUGGACAGAGAGGAGAAGUUGGUUUCCAAGGAAAGAUGGGUCCACCAGGGCCUCCCGGAGUCGUUGGACCUCAGGGCCCAUCUGGAGAGACCGGCCCCUUGGGUGAGCGUGGCCAUCCCGGACCACCAGGUCCACCUGGAGAGCAGGGACUUUCUGGCCCCUCAGGAAAGGAAGGCACAAAGGGAGAUCCAGGCCCUCCAGGAGGUCCAGGUAAAGAUGGACCCCCUGGACUGAGAGGUUUCCCGGGAGAGAGAGGAUUGCCUGGUACCCCUGGUGGUGGAGGACUGAAGGGAAGUGAAGGACCUGCUGGACCUCCUGGACCUGCCGGAUCUCCUGGUGAGAGAGGACCUGCUGGCACUGCUGGACCUGUUGGACCCCCUGGUAGACCUGGCCCACAAGGACCCCCUGGUAACGCUGGAGAGAAGGGUGUUCCUGGUGAGAAAGGCCCACUCGGCCCUGCAGGUCGGGAUGGAGUCCAGGGUCCAGUGGGUCUUCCAGGCCCUGCUGGAUCGCCAGGAGGACCUGGAGAGGAUGGUGAUAAGGGUGAAGUUGGUGAACCCGGCCAGAAGGGAGCUAAGGGAGGCAAAGGAGAGCAUGGACCUCCGGGUCCUCCCGGGCCAAUGGGUCCCGUCGGCCAACCUGGUCCCGCCGGUGCUGAUGGAGAGCUAGGACCAAGGGGCCAACAGGGGCCUUUUGGUGCCAAAGGAGACGAAGGAUCUCGAGGAUUCCCCGGAGCACCUGGACCCAUCGGCCUGCAGGGACUACCAGGACCACCAGGCGAGAAGGGAGAGAACGGAGAUGUUGGACCUCUGGGUCCUCCAGGUCCCCCAGGACCCCGCGGCCCUGCUGGACCCAACGGUGCUGAUGGCCCUCAAGGUCCUCCUGGAGGUUUGGGUAAUCCUGGACCUAUUGGAGAGAAGGGAGAACCUGGGGAGGCCGGACCACCUGGAAUCGGAGGAGAACCAGGAAAGAAGGGUCCUCGAGGUGAGCGUGGAGAAAAGGGAGAGGCCGGACAGCCUGGAACUGCUGGCGCUGCCGGAGGACGAGGACGGCCAGGAGAUGAUGGUCCUAAAGGAAACCCUGGUCCAGUUGGCUUCCCUGGUGAUCCUGGUCCUCCUGGUGAAGUUGGACCCAGAGGUCAAGAUGGCGCCAAAGGAGAACAGGGAGAAGAUGGUGAACAGGGAGAAUCUGGCUCUCCUGGUCCUCCCGGAGAGAAUGGACCCCCCGGCCCGCCAGGAAAGCGGGGUCCUGCUGGAGCAAGAGGACCUGAAGGGCGACAAGGAGAAAAGGGAACCAAGGGUGACACAGGUGCCCUUGGACCGCCAGGAAAGACCGGACCUGUGGGUCCUCAAGGCCAACCAGGAAAAACAGGAAAUGAGGGUCUGCGAGGUCUCCCAGGAUCAGUGGGUGAGCAAGGAUCUCCUGGCCCAUCUGGACCAAAGGGACCACCCGGACCUGUCGGACCGCCAGGUUUGUUGGGUCUGCGAGGCGACCCUGGUGCUAAAGGAGAGAAGGGACAUCCAGGUCUUAUCGGCCUUAUCGGACCUCCGGGAGAGCAGGGAGAGAAGGGAGACCGCGGUCUACCCGGACCUCAUGGAUCCAAUGGACACAAGGGAGAGACUGGAAUGCCCGGCGGCACCGGACCCCUCGGCCCUGCUGGUCCUCCUGGUCUUCCUGGUCCUCAAGGAGUCAAAGGAGCCAAGGGUGCCUCUGGAGGAUCUGGUCCCAAGGGAGAAAAGGGUGUUCCAGGAUCUCCAGGACCUCCUGGCCCACCCGGCGAGGUCAUCCAACCACUGCCCAUCCAGAGGAGCCCCAAGUCCAAGCGUUCCAUCGACGCCAGCCAACUGCUCCCCGAGUCAGACCCCGACAUGCCCGCCUCCGACACCGCCGGCGCUGAGUUCCUAACGGCCAGCGAGGGCAUGGAGGAGAUCUUCGGCUCCCUCAACUCGCUACGGCAAGAGAUCGAAACCAUGCGUUUCCCGACGGGGACACCGGACAGUCCUGCGAGAACCUGCCAAGAUCUCCGCCUCAGCCAGCCCGAGCUCCAAGACGGAGAGUACUGGAUUGACCCCAACCAGGGCUGCUCCAGGGAUUCUUUCAAGGUCUUCUGUAACUUCACCAGCGGGGAGACGUGCCUGUACCCUCACAAGAGCAUCAACACGGUGAACAUGAACUCGUGGGAAAAAGAGACUCCAGGUUCCUGGUUCAGCGAGUUCGCGACAGGCGCAAAGUUCUCCUACGUGGACUCGAACGGCGAGCCGAUGGGUGUGGUCCAGCUGGGAUUCCUGCGCCUCUUGAGCGUGGUAGCCCGACAGAACCUGACCUACCACUGCCACCGCUCGGUGGCGUGGGCCGACCAGAGCGCCAAGGACAACCACGAGAGGGCGCUGCACUUCCAGGCCGCCAACGAAGAGGAGCUGAGCUACGAGACCAACCCGUACAUCAAAGCGCUGGUGGACGGAUGCUCUUACCGCAAAGGCUUCGACAGGACGGUGCUGGAGGUCAACACGCCACAGGUGGAACAUCUCCCUCUGCUGGACAUCAAAGUGUCGGACUUUGGGGAGAGCAACCAACAGUUUGGAUUUGAAGUGGGACCUGUGUGCUUCCAAGGCUAAUCACACACACACACACAUUCACACUCAGAAACACACACGAGCACUUAGACAAACCUACAUAUACAUUCACACCUGAUAAUUUGUAAAUUAACUUGUAAAUGAUAUGUAAUACACACACACACACACACGUAUACACACAUAGGGAUGGUGUUGCCCUAGCAACGCAGCAUCCUUCUGACAACAAAUGGGCGUCGAAAAAUGUAUUAAAAAAAUGUUCUGAAGAGGUCUCGGCGGGAAGGAACAGCAAGAGGGAGCGUUUGUUUUUUUGUUUAGUUUUUUCCCCACCCGGUGAACGGGGGGCCCCCACCGCCCUCUCCCGGCCGCCUCCCCCCCCCCCCCCUCUCCAAUCCUCCGCCGUCGCUCCUCAUCCACGUGAAGAAGAACCUCAGAGUCCCCCCCCCCCCCCAAAAAAAAAGAAAAAAACGGAUUCCAACUUGUUAAGCGUCAUCAGCCUCUUGUGACCCCCCCUGCCCCGCCGCCCGGCAUCCUCGGGGCUGCCGGUGGGGUUUCCUCCUUCUUUCUAAAUGUGGCGUGAUGCCAUUUUUCGCUGAAUAAAAAUCUUUGUUUGUUCUGAGAGAACGCGUGUGGCAAAAAGUGCUAAUUGCGCCAAAUGUUUUGACUCCGCUCGUCUCCCCGUACCGCGUCAUCGAGCCUCCAGCUGGGCAAAUGUGCAUUACACUCCAUUUGUACAGACAUAGUGAUAUUCUAUUGUAUUUAUUUAAGAACAAACAGGGUGCUAUGACAUAUUAAAAAAGAAAGAAAGAAACUGACCACCAAAUAUUAUCGCCGUCGCAUGUGGUAUAUUUCGUUUGUAUUUAUUUCUACCACCGGCCCCCUUUUCGGAAGACCAGACCAAAGAAUCUGCGGCUAAGCUGGAUUGUGUUUUUUUUCCCCACCCCCACCCCCGGACUGUCCUGUCCUGUCCUGUCCUGUGCUGUCCUGUGCUGUUCUAUGUUGCUUCCAGUGUAACCAUUAAAAGGUGACUCUCUCCACCUCUGUUGCCGCUGCUUUUGACUCUCGCGUUCUAACCCUCGGCGUCGGCGGGAGAGACCACGGCGGGCAGGAGGCGUUGCCGAGAAGUUGGGGGGGGGGGGGUUCCGGGGGUCGCGGAUGAUGGGACGCCCCCACCCCGCCCGGCCCUC